AUGAAUCCUCAAGAGGGUCAAAUUCUACAAGGGCAGGUGGAUGAGCUUCUCAGUAAGGGGCAGAUCAGGGAGAGUAUGAGUCCAUGUACAGUACUGGCAUUAUUAACAUUGAAGAAGGAUGGGAGUUGGUGUAUGUGUGUGGAUAGUCAAGUCAUCAACAAGAUCGCAGUCAGGUCUAAGUGUUACACCAAGCUGGAUCUCAAGAGUAGGUAUCACCAGAUUUGGAUUCGACCUGGAGAUGAGUGGAAGAUAGCUUUCAAGACAAAUGAGAGAUUAUAUGAGUUGAUGGUCAAUGAGUUGUAUAUCAACCUGAAGAAGUGCAGCUUCUUGACUGAUAAGUUGUUCUUAGGGUAUGUGGUCAGUGUGGAUGGGAUUCAUGUUAAUAAGGACAAAGUGGAGUAUGAUGCAUUUGUGGUCGGGAUAGGCGAUGUUCUUUUACAAGACAAUAGACCAGUAGCAUUCUUCAGUGAGAAAGUUUAUGAAACUCGAAAUCAUCAAGCAUUGAAGCACAUCAACAGUCAAGUUAGCAUUGACAUGAUGCAUGCUCGGUGGGUAGCUUAUAUACAACGUUUCCAUUUCACAUUGAAGUACAAGUCUAGUGUUACUAAUAAGGUGGCAAAUGCGCUUAGCAAGCGAGCAUCUUUGUUGACCACCCUAUAUACUGAAGUUGUAAGGUUUGAUUACCUUAAGGAGCUGUAUGAGAAUGAUGAGGAUUUUGGUGAUAUUUGA